UGCUCAGAGAUAUGGUUUAGCGGAGGGCUGUUAGAGUUGGGGUACUGUGGUUAGGAUGCGGUUGGACUUGAUGAUCUUUGAGGUCCUUUCCAACCUGAGUAAUUCGAUGAUUCUAUGGUUCUGGGGGAGUCAGCGUCCAUGGAGGUGUUCCAGAACCGUGGGGAUGUGGCACUGAGGGACGCGGGCAGUGGGCAGCUGGGGGUUGGACGGUGGCACUUGGUGAUCUUAGAGGUCUUUGCCAACCAGAGAGAUUCUGUGUCAUUCUGUGAAUGGAGCCAUUUAUUGCAACGAGAGGUAAUCAGCAGCAAACAAGCACAAAGUAAAGCCUCGAGAACAUCACGGGAACACGGAAACACUUGACUGGGAUACUGAUGGAGCCACAGGCCCGGCAGCAUUCAGGUGGGGCCAGGAGGCUGGAGGUGUGGCCCAGUGCCUUCAGCAGCACCAACACGCCGGGUUCCUGCGGGGCUGCGUCCGGCACCGGGCCCCUCACUCUGCGCUGGCUGCAGGAGCCGCCGCCCUCCUGCUGGGGUGCCCUCACCCCUGUGACGUGUGAUGGCGUCACAGAGGGUGUCAGAGAGUGGCCAUUGUGACGCAUGGGGUGUGGAGCAGAGCUCAGGCUGCGAGGCUCAGGCGGAGCUCAGUGCGACUUGGUGAGGUUGGCACGUGGAGGAGAAAGCCCAGCACUGUUGGGACAGACACUCUGCGAGUGCUCGCCGUUCGUGCACACGAUGUCCAAGGGGACAAAGAAGCCUGCCGGAUCAUGGAAGCCGGGCGAAACAUGCGUGCUGUGCGCCCAGGGAGAUGCUGACCCAGACAUCUACGGGCGCAAACUAAUCAUCAGUGGGAUCUAUUUCCACGAGUUCUGUGCGGUAUUUUCUGGCGGCCUUCUUCAAGAGGCAGCAACACAGAUGGAAAGUGCAUAUUUAGGCCUGGUUGAGAUCAUAUGCAUAAUCCAGCAGGCAGAGGAGACGCUCUGCUUCGUCUGUGGCAAGAGGGGGGCCACCAUCACCUGCGCAGAGUCGGGCUGCAACCGCAGCUUCCAUCUCCCCUGCGCCUCCAAGGGUGACUGCAUCACCCAAUACUUUGGAGAGUUCAGGUCGUUCUGCUGCGACCAUCAUCCGCAUCAGGCAGUGGAGACGGCGCCGACGCAGGACACGACCUGCAUCAUCUGUGUGGAGCCCGUGGGUGACAGCACCAUGGUGUGCCCAGCCUGCCAACACGCCUGGUUCCACCGGGCCUGCAUCCAGAGACUGGCCCUGCGUCUGGGCAUCACUUUGCAUUGUCCCCACUGCAAAGAUGAGGAAGAAUUUUUUGACUACGUGACCGCCAUGGGGAUCCGUAUCCCACGCAGGUUGGUAUCCCACUCCUGGUUCUUCAGGCGACCAAUCUGGGACGACAAUUCAGAUGUAGAGAACGGAGGCAAGCACAAGCGCUGCAAUGCCAGCGAGUGCCGUCACCCACAUGGCAGGGAGCGGGCAGAGGAAGAGGGCCUCCGGCAGCAGUGUGGACAGAGCUGGCCCCAGCACCGCCAGCCAGCAGGGACUGCCGCCUCUCAUAGGCCCCAUAACAUUGGAGAGCAGCAGCACCUCCAGCACCACCAGCCAGGCACCGUCGGGGCCAGCUCACGUUCCCAAGGUGCCUGA